CUUGUUAAAACGUCAGAAAGUUCAAAAGAAAAAUAAAAGCAGACAAGUCCAUUUGGCGAAAACAUUGGAAACGUAUGUAGAGUGUAAAUUUACUUCGAGUCUACGAAUUUCUUUUCAUUAUUUGAAAACAGUAAUAUAUAAUCUGUAAAAUUUAAAUAAAAAUUGCAAGUGUAUUGAAUUAAACCAGAAUGGAUAAGGAUUGUGCAGAAGAGGUGGAAACACAGAAGGAAAAAGAAGAAAAUGUAACGGACAAAGAGAAAGUCACCCAGAAUGACAAUGGUACCAUUACCAAUGAUAGUAUUGACAAGCAGGAAGAUGAUUCCUCCUCACAGGAGAACUUAUCCAAUGAAGGAGCAAGCGAAAGCAAGAAGGCGGAGGAGUCGGUAGUACCACAGGUUGCAAACGAUAAUAUACCGUUACCUUGCAAUUCUGAGAAAACGAUUACUGUCAAUUCCGGCAAUAAAACGGUUAAAAAACAAGGUUUAUCAAAAAAAAUCUGCAAUCUUCAGGAAAAAACGAAAAAUCUACGUGAUAAACUUGGAAUCCAUCGCAGCAAAUUGGAACAUCAUGCUGCCGCUGUUACGAAUUCACCAGAAGCUUCUCAAGUUAACGAUAAGUUAGCGAAACAAACCAUGAAAUCAUUACAAGUUAACAUUACAAAUUCACUAAAUAACAGUAUAGCGCAACUUCCUGCAAAGGAAAAAAAUCAAACAUUAAAAACUGCCCCAGUACAGGCUCAGUACUCUUCACGCAAGCAAUUGCAAGAAAAAGUUGGUGAUCUUCAAGAGCAAGUUGAAGGACUGCAUGAGUUGCUAAAUCAAUUAACUAUUAAAAAUCCACAACUUAAGGAACGUGUUCUAUCACUAGCACAUCGUAAUCCUAAGCUUCGUCAAGUAAAACUUUUUACAACAGCAACAUCGUUGGGAUCUAAUGACAUUACUGCGACCACUAGUAGAAAUGUUCAAGCAUUGCCAACUGCUAAACAGAGGAAGGAAUCUGAGGUCUCGAAUGCUAGUACAACUACCUCACAAAAUAAUACAGCUUCCACUGUAAAUGACAAUGCUAGUACGCAAAAAGGCAGUCGAAAACGAAAUCAACACAAGCGUAAAAAUAAGAUAUCCAAGGACUCGAAAAAUCAGAAAAGCGAGUUAGAUUCAUUUUGCAAAUAUUUGAAUAAUAUUGUGUCUGAAUAUUACGGCCCAGAACAAAAGAAAAAGGCGGAAGAGUUGGAGUUCAAAGGAACUUUUGAUGAUCUGGAAUCUUAUGCGCAAAAGUUAGUACAAGCUGGAAUAGGACGUAUAGUUGAGGAAGAAAUACGAAUUAAUCGUAAGAACAACCGUCAAUCAUUUAUUACUAUGUCUACGGAUAGAGAAGGUGCUGAACGGGAUGGAAUAAUUCUGUUGCCAGUAGCGAGGCGCUAUGCCUUUGAAGGCGACAUAGUGCGAGCUUUCGUGAUGAAUAAGGGAUUAGGCAAUACAUCGACCUCUUCACCAUCCGACAUAAUAGCUAAGGAAGAAAAAAAAUCAGAAGGCGAAAAUGGGUCAAUAACGGGCGGCAAAGAGAACUCAUUUUGCUUAGCUGACGACGAGGAUCCCUUCGAUGAUACCGAAUCACCCGAUUCCGACGUCGAAGCUGAUGUCAAUGAACUGGAUGCCUCCACUGUUGUCGUACCAGAUAAUUGCCCGAAAUCCUUCGUAAUUUCAAUAGUCAAGCAAACGCCAUUACGUGAAAUUGUCGGUACAAUUUCUUUUAAAAAUUCCACAAAAUUGAAUGAUGAGAUCAGUUAUUACAAACUAAAAGCACACGAUAUGCGAGUGCCGAUGGUUUACAUUCCAGUAAGCGCAUGUACCUCACAUAUAACAGCAGAAAAUCAAGCCGAUAUCUGUGGAUUGCUUUAUUUGGUGAGAAUCAUUGAAACGGACCUCAAUGGGCAUUGCAUUGGUGAAUUGUUGCAACCGGUUGGUAAAGUUGGUAAUGUGGAGGCUGAAUUGAAAGCCAUACUACUACAUAAUGGACUGAAGAAUAUAAAACCUUUUGAACAGCAUUUCAAUGAAAUGUACGCGCAGCCGGAUCCACCGAUAAGUGCUACUGACUUACGUUUUCGUGAAGAUUUGCGCGAAAAAUGCGUUUUCACAAUUGAUCCACUGACUGCCCGUGAUCUGGACGAUGCUGUCUCUGUGGAGAGUGUGGGCGACGACAUCUAUGAAAUAGGUGUUCAUAUCUCCGAUGUGGCUCAUUAUCUACAAGAAGACAGUGAAUUGGAUAAUAUCGUUAAAGAACGAGCUACUUCCAUAUAUUUGGUGAACGAAGUUAUUCACAUGCUGCCUCAAACAUUGUGCUUUAAGUGCUCCCUACUGCCAGGCGAGGAUAAAUUUGCAUUUUCCGUGUUUUGGCGAAUAAAUAAACGUGGUGAAAUCAUUGGUCAACCGCGUUUCACACGCACAGUUAUUAAUUCAUGCGUCCAGUUAGCCUAUGAACAUGCUCAGAAAGUGAUCGACAAUCCAAAUGAAGAUUUUGGCACAGACGAUUUCCCCACUAUUUGUAACGGCUUCUCCGUUCAAGAUAUAUGUCCACGUGUCGCAAUUUUAAAUACAAUUGCUCAAGAAUUGCGCCAGAAGCGCUAUGAUGGUGGUGCAUUAUCAAUCAAUAAUCCUAAAAUACGGUUUCAUUUGGAUCCCAAAACCGGUGAAGCUUUGAGCUAUGAAUUGGAUAGUCGACAGGAAGCGAACUUCCUAAUUGAAGAAUUCAUGUUGUUGGCGAAUCAGUCAGUGGCUCGGUUCAUAUACGAUCGGUUUCCAGAUAUAUCUAUAUUACGUAAUCAUGGUCCACCACUUUCGAAAUCGAUGAAGAACUUACGGGAAAGGUUGAACAGUUUAGGUCUGGAGUUUGAUUGCUCUACCUCAAAGGCAGUGUACGCCAGUAUGCAGAAACUGUGUCGUGAGGCAAAAGAUCCCGAAGCAAUGGACGCUUGUCUGAGUGCGUUACUCACGAAACCUAUGGCACGCGCUAAGUACUUCUGUAGUGAAGGUAAAACAGGCGAGAGCGACCUGUGGCAUUACGCUCUUUCUAUACCUAUUUAUACACAUUUCACAAGCCCCAUAAGACGCUACCCGGAUAUUCUUGUACACAGGGUCCUAGCUGCUGCCUUAGACUACUGUUCGCCACCCAAACGUACACCUGACGAACUGCAUAUGCUUGCCAAAAUUUGUAAUGACCAAAAGUACAAUGCUAAAAAUGCCGGCGAUGAAUCCAUAAAUCUUUUCUUUAAACGCUACAUUAAAGAAAAACAAUACAUUACCAUGCGCGCCGUUGUAACAGAGAUUUACCAACACCUAUUGAAUGUGGUCACUAUUGAAACGGGACAUUCGAUCAGCAUUAAUUAUAAAAUGCAAAAAGUAUUGGUCGACACCUCAAAUGCUCCUGCUUAUGUGCUCAUUGCUGAACGGAAUUCGAAAACUCCGCCAGUGAAGUUGCAAAUGUUCUCAACCAUCGAUGUGAAGCUGGUAAUUUGGGAUGAUAAAAUUUGUGGCUUCUUUGUUUCACCGGAUCCCAAGCAACGCCAAAUCAACAGCAUCGAAUUGUCAAAGAAGAAGCAGCAAGCAAAUAGCAGUGCAAACAAUUCGACAAGUGAAAAUAGUGGCUCCCGCAAGCAGCGCCAUACAUCGCAGCGCUCGGUGCAAGAAUUGGAUGAAAAUCAGUCCCAACAACAAGAACAAGCGACAACGUCAAAUGGAAAAUCGAAGCCAAAGCAGAAUAGUAAUAGCAAGAAGAAUAACGACAAACGUGUUUAAAUGAGUUCAAUCUUAAAAAGACGAUAAUUUUACAAAACUCGAAAGACAUGCAUACAUAAUAGUUUGUUCCUGAAACCUUUCUGUUAUCUUAAUGAAAAUUUGCUAAGUUCUGAAGUACUGCUUGUGAUUGUACGUAAAACGGUUUUAUGAUUAAUUUACUUAAAUUAUACCUCAUUAGAUCUUUAUAUAGUGACGGCGGCUAUUGCUUUUUAACGGUUUAACCCAUUUUAAGAGUACAAAUCUCGUUUAAAGACAAACUCUUGUGUAAAUAUAAGAAUCGAACAGAAUCUUAUAUUUUAUUAUUUUAAAUGAAUUCAAUAGAGCUACGAGUUUUAGACAAAUGCGAAGUAUACGCACAAACCUAUUUUUACGAAAAUCUACUGAUACUGACCAAAAAUCAUAUAUUGUUUAAGUGAAAACAAUGAAUUGAUAUGUGAUAUUGAUCAUAGUUGAAAAAUACCAACUCAAUUAUUGUAUGUAUUUAUAUUUUAAGCUAUUUUGUGUAGUUUAACGGUUAUUUACAAACAAAUCCAACUUGUGAAGCUGAAAUAAAUGAACAAAAACAAUGCA